AUGCGCGGUCCCGUUCAGUGCGAAUCGGCGGCGCGGGUGCCCCAGCACGCCGCCGUGACCUGCCUGGGGCGCAGCCCGCUCUUCCGCCCGUGCGGCCGCACCUCCCUCCUGGGCCUCCCCCCUCUGAGGCCCCUCCCCCCGGCCCCCCUGAGGUGGAACCCCCUGCGCGAUGCCCGGCGUCGAACACACGGAUCCACCGUUCUCCGCAUGGCCAAGGCUCCGGCGGCAUUCAUGUUGGGCGCCAAUCCCAGCUGGUCUCGAUCCAUGCUCUCUCGGAGGAUUGGGGAUUGCAAUUUGCGGUGCCCACCGCCGGGCUGCUCCACGGAGGACGAGCGCGAGGGCGAGGACGGCGUGGAGGACCCUGGAAGGAGCCCCAGGCGCUCCGGGCGGCCCUGGAGCUGGAUUGGGCGGCUGGCGUCCAAAGUGAGGCUGGAGCAGUUCGUGAUGCUGCUGUUCAACAUCCAGCUGCUGUUCUUCCUGCUGCGCCUGUGGCCGCUAGGCGGGCGGGCGCGGGUGGGCGACCCGCAGGCCGUGAGCGUGCACGUGCCGUUCUCGGAGUUCGUGGCGCGCGUGCGGGGCAACGACGUGGAAGCGGUGCAGAUGGACGGGCCAGAGAUGAGCUUCAGCCUGCGGCCCAGCAGCAAGGCGCUGCGGGAGGCGCCGGAGGGGGCGGAGUCGGGCCGGCUGACGUACACCACCACGCGGCCACUGGACUACCCCACGCCCUACGACCUGCUGGAGCAGCACGCCGUGCGGUUCAGCGCAGUAGAGAGGCGGGGCAACGCCUUCGUGACUGUGGUGGUGUAUGCUUUGUACAUCGGGAUCCUGCUGAGCACGAUGGGGCGCCUGCAGCUGAAACUGCCGCAGCGCAGUGCUGGGAGGAAGCACCAGAACAAUAGCAGUGGCAGCGGCGGCAUUACUUUUGCGGAUGUGGCCGGUGUGGAUGAAGCCAAAGAGGAACUGGAGGAGAUUGUGGAUUUUCUCAAGAAUCCUGAGAAAUUCAGCCGUCUGGGUGCUCGUCCUCCCUGCGGCGUGUUGCUGGUUGGGCCCCCAGGAACAGGGAAGACCAUGCUUGCGAAGGCAGUGGCUGGGGAGGCCGAUGUCCCAUUCUUCAGCAUAUCUGCAAGCGAAUUUGUGGAGUUGUAUGUGGGCAUGGGUGCCAUGCGCGUCAGAGAGCUCUUUGCUCAGGCGAGGAAGGAGGCCCCAUCCAUUGUGUUCAUUGAUGAGGUAGACGCUGUUGCCAAGGGCCGAGACGCUCGCCUGAGGGGAGUUGGCAAUGAUGAGAGAGAGCAGACCCUGAACCAGUUGCUCACAGAGCUGGAUGGCUUUGACAGCAACAAGGACAAUGUGGUCAUAACCCUGGCUGCCACAAACCGACCCGACGUUUUGGAUGCAGCUCUCCUGAGGCCUGGCAGGUUUGACAGGAGGGUGUCAGUGGAACAGCCAGACAAGUUUGGCAGGGAGCAAAUUUUGAAGGUACAUAUGGAUCGGCAACACCUCCCCCUUGCUGAUGAUGUGAGCGUAGAAGGGAUCGCUGUGGCGACCUCUGGGUUCACAGGUGCUGACCUGGCAAACUUGGUCAACGAGGCAGCCUUGUUGGCAGGCCGAAGGAGCCAGAGCAAGGUCUCCAUGAGAGAGUUCGACGAGGCAGUCCUCAGGGCUGUUGCAGGAAUUGAGAAGAAAAGAUCCCUGGUGCAGGGGAUGGAGAAGGAAGUGGUGGCGAAGCACGAGGUGGGUCAUGCCCUUGUGGGUACGGCGAUCGCCCGUUUGCUGCCCAUGGCGCCAGAAGUGGAGAAGUUGAGCAUCAUACCAAGAACUGGAGGUUCAUUGGGGUUCACAUACAUUCCUCCUGCUCAUGAGGAUCGGGCUUUGAUGUUUGACUCCGAACUUCGAGGUCAGCUGGCCAUCCUCAUGGGUGGAAGGGCAGCGGAGAUGAUCACAUGUGGCCAAAUCUCAUCAGGCGCAUUUGAUGACAUCAAGAGGGCUACACAGCUGGCCAACCGUGCAGUGUCAGAACUUGGCCUGAGCACAUCUGUUGGGCCCAUCAACGUUGGGGUUCUGGCCUUGGGCUCUGAGGAAGCCGGCCUCUUCCCAAGGGAGGGGGGCAUGGCGUCUGUGCUCGUGGAGAAGGACGUCAAGGCCAUGCUGGAAGCCGCCCUGUCAGUGGCCGCGGACGUGGUCACCACCAACAGGAACAUCCACGAGGGCCUGUCCCAUGUGCUGUCGAAGGAGGAGCGCAUAGAGGGCGAGUCCCUCCAGAAGUGGCUGAGCCACAUCGAGAUUCCGUCCAGCCUCAGUGCAUUCGUGCUCCAGGGCACCCUGCCAAAGGUGGCCCCUGCACGGAGAGAGCAAUGA